AUGUCGGGAGAUAACUACAAAUCUACAAACUUGGACGACGUUGUGGAUAUGGAGGAUUGCAAGGAGAAAGUCCACGGGGGAGAAAGUGAAGGGGAGACAGUCCAACGGCCCAGCAGGAUCAUGCUGAAAUACCUGAUUCAUGAGUCCAUCUAUGCUGUACAAUAUGUGCUGUUCACGACGUACGGAGCAAGGAGCACUCCCCGCGCCGCCCGCUCCACGGGGGCGCUCACAAAGCGGGCGGCCGGCCCGGAGUUCGGGGUGCGCUCCCACGGCGCGGGGCUCCUCGAGGCAGAGCCAUCCGGAGAAAGGCGGCUCGCCUCCCGACCCCCCCACCCCUCGCCUGGGACCCGCCGCCCCCCUCCCCCGGGCCGCGCUCGCCCCGCGCGGACGCAGCCACCCCGCACCGCAGCCCACAGGGUGCCCGCGCCCCCGCACCCCCGGCGAGCCCAGUCCCCGGUGCGAACCAAACAAACAACGCGUCCCCCGCCGCCCUCCUUCCUCUCCCCGCUGACCGCUUGGCCUCCAGCCACCUCGGCCGUUCACGCUCCGAACGGCGGAUCUCUGCGGGGGCAGAGCGCAGCCGGGCCACCUCGGGGGCCACCUGGUGACCCCCCCGCGGCGCUGACCCCGGCGGCCUCGGGGGUGGGGGAGCCGAAUUGCCUUCGGGGGGUUAAAGUCGUUAUUAUGCAGCCGCCACCGCCGUUGGCCGGCCAGCUCGGCAAGGUGGGGUCCCCUCCUCGCCGCGCCUCCCCGCGCUCUCCCCGGCCCCGCUCCCUUUCUUCUCCUCCUCGCGCACUUGGAGCCGCCGGGGAGCCCCGGGAGCCCCCGGCUCCGGGCUCGCAACUCCGCGCCCGCAGCCGGCACCGGCCGGGCUCGGGACGCCCCCAGCGCCGCGUGUUCGCGCCGCCCCCGCCCCACGCGGCGCCCCGCGCACUUUCCCCGCCGCCGACCCACCUCGCUCGGCGGCCGUCCCCGCGCGGGCCGGCGCCACCGCGCCAGGAGGGACGCACUUUGUUCGCGCCGGUGCGGCCGCCGCUCCCGGCGAGCGCGGCGUGGUCGGUCCGGAGCGGGGGGCGGGGGCGGGAGGCGGGGGUCGCCGCCGUCCCCGAGCCGCCGCCGCUCAGCCGCCCCGCGCCCGCGCGCCCAUCGCCCACUCGCACUUGA